AUGGUAAAACCCACAGACGUUGGUUUAUUAAGAAAAAUUACGGAAACUUCAAGUAAUUCAUCAAAAAUAUUUGGUAUUAUACCUUACGUGGACCCAAAACGUUUAAUGGAUAGUUGUUAUAAAUCAAAUAAAAUGUCUGAUGUUUAUAGUGUUGGAGUGGAAAGAGAGAAAAUAAUUGAUAGCACUCCACAUGAAUACAUUAUCCUAUAUCAAAGUAAAAUGUUGGAAAAUGAAUCAAAUGAACGUCCAAAUAUAUAG